AUUACUCGGGUCCAUAUUACUCUGCCUGGCCCAAGUUACAAACCCGACCCGUAUAAAGAGUGUUUUAUAGCGGUAAAACGAAAACCCUCCUUGUCCCCUAAUUCUCCGUCUCUGAGUUCCGUUCAAUUGAAAAAUGAAUUCAGUGGCUGCUAAAAUCGUCAAAUUGUUACGCGUCUCUCCUGCCACAAAACCCUGUUCUUCCCUUGUGAUGGGUGUGCAAGGAAGCUCUAGGUUGUGUUAUUCAACUGGUACAUUUCUUAGUGAUGACGAUGCGCCUGUAAGUAAUAAUGAAGCUGUAGAAAUUGAUGAUGAUGAUUUUCUUCCUGAAAAGCCCGAUUUGCAGCUGCAAGGUGUGGAUCCUAGAAAGGGCUGGAAUUUUCGGGGUGUGCACAAGGCUAUUAUAUGUGGCAGAGUUGGGCAAUCUCCUGUGCAGAAAAUAUUGAGGCAACUUACCAAAAACUCCUCAGUCUACAUUGAGGGUGAUAUUGAAACCAGAGUCUAUAAUGAUAGUCUCAGCGGUGAAGUUAAAAGCAUACCAGAAAUUUGUGUGCGCAGAGAUGGGAGGAUUCGGCUUAUAAAAGUUGGUGAAAGUGUCAGCAGUAUCUCUAUUGAUGAGCUCCGAGAAGGAUUGCUGUAGAAGCUCAUUGGUAAAUUAUCCACAUAUAGUAGGCGGUUGGGAGUGGAAGGUGGAGGAAGCAGCUUAGGAGUAACCUAUUGUUUGAAAUAUAUUCUGCAGUGACACAAAAGUUUUUUCUAUUUCCAUCUGUCACUUGAAUAAUGUCAGAUAUUAGUUUGCCUUCAACGACUAGUGUCCCUCUUCUCUCGGUUGUAUUUUGUUCGGAAGCAGGAAGAGAUGUCCCUUUGGAUCCACAUUAUUUAGUGGGUAGUUGCUUCAUUCACCAAAAGCUGUGCAAGAUGUUCAAAUGAGAAAUAACUAGGUUUCAGUUUAACUGUGAAAGAAUAGGAGUACUAGUGGAAUGAAGUGGUGGCUACUCAUUCAUAGGUAAUCUCUUAUCCACUUCUAUUCUAUGAAAUUAAUACUAUGGUACUAUAUGGAGUGUUAAAACUUCUGUUUGUAAAAUCUGCAGCAUCCGGUAGACUUGUUUUUUGCCAUUUAUGGUAGCAUACUCUUUUCAGAUAGCAAUGAUC